GCAUUUGUCAAAUUAAAGUCAAAAUUGCUGACGUUGACAAAUGCAAGGUCAAUUGGAAUUAUAAUACACUCUGUCAUUUUUGAUGUCAAAUUCCUAACCACAGAUAUGACAGACAUAAUAUAGACACAUACAGACAGACAUAAUAAUUAUAAAAAAAAAUUUAAAUCGUAUUGUUUGCGAAACUAUGGCAAACACUGCUUGCAAGCAAGCUUUUUUUGGUCAUGCAGACGUUGCUCACUUCUGAUAAUUGCGUAAUAUAGUUGCUGUAAGCAACUUGUUCUUCUUUCAGGGAAUGUUUUCAAUAAAAUCAUUAUGAUAGCAUGAAAUCUAAAAAAGGUGAUCCAAAUAACCCUUUUGGGUUCGAAAUGAGGUGAGGAAGUACUGCCUACUGCUUCUUGUAUUAACGACGACGGCGUUUCUUUUCUACGGCAGUAUUUUACAAUAAAAAACUUUUUUGAGUCAUAGUUGUCUACCGCAAUGUUUAUAAGAAAAACGGUUUUAGGCUUUGCCUCGAUAAAUGCCACUGUCAAAGGAUUAGACAAUAAUGUACUGUGGAAAUAUAUUGCCCCAAGGUGCAAAAAAUGAGAGUCAAAGAAUUUGUUGUGGGAUUGUUCCCAAUCUUAACAUGGAUCAAAACAUACGACACUCAAAUGGCAAUUGGGGACAUAAUAGCCGGUAUAACUAUCGCACUUACAUUGAUACCACAGUCUAUUGCAUACGCAUCGCUUUCUGGAUUUGCACCUCAGUAUGGUCUGUACUCCUCGUUCAUAGGACCCAUCAUAUACGCUUUCAUAGGAACAUGUGCGCAGAUAAACAUGGGCCCUGCAGCGAUAUUAUCACUCCUCACGUUUUCCUACACAAAUGGUACCAACAUCGAUUUCGCAAUACUUCUCACUUUCUUUUCCGGUGUCGUCCAACUUGUAGCUGGAAUUGGACAGCUUGGUUUCCUGGUUGAGUUUAUAUCGUUACCAGUGGUAUCGGGGUUCACAUCAGCCGCAGCCAUCCUCAUAGCAACAUCACAAGUUAAGGACUUACUUGGGCUUCGAUUUAGUUCUGAUUCUUUUCUAACAACCUGGUAUCAGUUCUUCGUACACUUGCCCGAAGCAAGACUAUAUGAUAGCUUACUUAGUUUAGGAUGCUGCUGUUUUUUAUUUGCAAUGAAGAGUUUAAAAGAUCUUAAAAUUAAAAUAAACACUCAAGAUGAGAGUGGACGUCGAAAAGCUAAAAGAGUAAAAAAAACCCUGUGGUUUAUCUCUAUAGCAAGAAACGCGACUUGUGUGGCUUUGGCUACUGUGUUUGCGUACUUAGUAUAUGAAGAUAUAGAGAACCCGUUUCUUCUUACUGGUGAUAUACCACCCGGUUUGCCAGCCGUGAUCCCACCGCCAUUCGAGACCACAGUCGGCAACACUACCUACUCUACUGGUCAAAUGAUUUCACAUCUUGGCUCUGGAAUUAUUGUUCUACCCCUUGUCGCUCUUCUGGGAAACAUCGCUGUUGUUAAGGUUUUUUCUCAAGGUAAAAAGAUAGACGCAACGCAAGAAAUCAUUGCGAUUGGCGUUUGUAACUUAGUUAGCUCAUUCUUCCAGUCAAUGGUUGUGAAUGGACCAUUCUCAAGAAGUGCUGUUAGUCAAGCUUCAGGAGUCAGGACCCCUGGAUCGGGAAUCUAUACAGGUAUAUUAGUGAUAUUAACCCUACUGUUACUGACACCAUACUUCUACUUCAUACCAAAGGCUGUGUUGGCAUCGGUCAUAGUGUGCGCUGUGGUACAAAUGGUGGAUGUUGCUAUAGUUAAGAAACUCUGGAGGUACAGUAGAUUGGACCUUUUCACGUUGUUUGGCACCUUAUUGUUAAGCCUUUGUGUGGGAAUGGAGGUGGGCUUGAUCGCCGGAGUAGGCAUCGAUGCUUUGUUGCUGCUCUACUAUCACUCACGCCCACCUCUGGAUGUUUUAUAUGUUGAUAACGGCAUUCUUCCCGCUCACUACGCGAUUUACCCGGUCGGCGGGCUAUACUUCGCGGGCGCCGAGUGGUUACGGAACAAACUGAUCGCCGUCCAGCAUCCGCCGACCACGACCACUGAUGGUGUGGAGUCACAGCCUACUGCACCGACAACUAAGAUACUUGUGAUAUACUGCGAUGCUUUACACAGAUUUGAUUACACAUUUUUAGAUAGUAUUAGAAUGUUAGUAUCGGACUGGUCAAAAACCGGACGUGUGAUAUGGUGCGAUACGAGGGAACCGAUCAAAAAUCAGUUAAAAGGCGUGCUAACAAAUCCUAUAUUCUGUGAAAAGAGCCAGCUGAGAGCCCAUAUGGUUCCGAGCACGGAAUCAUGAGGAAGAGCAAUUCGCUAAUGUAAUAAGAUAUUUUAUAAAUACUUACUUAAAUGCCUAAGGACUUGGUGUUGAUGCAAAUAUUUUUGUUAAGAGAAAGGUAUUACUAGGUAUGAAAGACGAAAACUUAGAUACCGUGGGCUUACUCUCGUUUUAUUCCAUUUUUGAUUUUGAUACGAAUUAAAUUUAGUACUGGAAUGAUAUUAUAGACCCAAAUCAAGAUCAAGUUUCGAUUCAGUGUCGUAGGCUGUCGAUUGAGCGUGAACCAACUCGAUCUCAAUUCGACUGAAACAGACAGAAACGAUUUAAGUUUCUGUAGGGAGUAAGCCUACAGUUCGCGCUGUAAAAAAAAUAAUAUUAAUUUGUGCUUGUCCAUCGUAUAAUGGUUAAGUGAUGAUUGUCUCGUGCCUCUUGUAUAAGCGAUCAUAAACUUUUAGUUGCUUUGUAACCAUCUAAUUAUUUUUAUUAUAUAAAAGUUUACGAAAUUGUUGUAUUUGUUGCUUAAGUAUGUGUAUUAUUAUUUUCUGUAACAUGUUUUUUUAUAUAGAAGUUUUUACGCAGGCCGUUUUAAUGAGAUCAGUCUAAACAAAAUAUGUAUAGGAUAUUUUUUUAUUUAUUGUAAAUGUACAUAAUUUUCAAAUGUAUAUAAGUUUGUUGUAUGAUUUUUAUGAUUCUAUUUUACGAAUUAUAUAAAUAUACUGAUUUACUUUAUCAUAAUUUUUAUUAUUUAACCUGUAUCAUUAUAUUUAGUGGUUCAAAUUUGUGGAAGACUUGAACUUUAAAGUUUUCCAAUCCCUGAAAACUCACGCGAGUGGUGCCGGCUCCCAGGGGUUUCAAGGUAGAU